AUGGGCUUUGAUGGGGUUCUCGUUGGCCCCGUGGACAAUUGUAAGCGUAUUCUGUAUUAUGCGGGGGAGAAGGACAUCACAGAACUCGCCAUUUAUCCUCUGCGUUUCCAUAAGCAAGAGGACGCGGUAGCUGCGAAAUUGAAGACUAGAGGCCGCAAGUUCAUUACGUCAUAUGGACACAAGACAUAUAAUGGCCUCACUACGCCAAUAUCACGACGCGGGUACCAACAAGAACUCCAUGGCGACAUCUUCGUCGACUUCAAGACGUAUUAUCAAAGUUCCAAUCGGCGAAAGCCCAAACUAGGCGGACUUCGAAAGACCAAGAUGGAUGAGACCGAGGUAAACGAUGUGAUCAGUACGUCUAGGGGCGCCCGCUGCUUGGCAGACCACGAAGUGGACGAGAACGUCACUGAGACGUUCAUGAGGUCCUACCAGGCAUACAUGCAGCCCAUCAACUAUGAGCUCGUACAGGACUCGGUUGAGUAUCUUCAGCUACUCCCCUAUCAAAUCCCUGCCUACGUCUUUCGCACGAGACGUUAUGUUCAUGUCGACGUCUCUACGAUCGCCGAAAUUGACAAAAGCGAGGAAGCUCGUGACACAGGGUUCGAGGACUUGGUCAUUCCGGAUGGCCACCGUAACCUCUUGAUCGCGCUGAUUGAGAACCACGAGACAGGGGGCAAGCAUACAUCUGAAGAAGAUUCAGAGGCAGCACCGACCCAAAUUGACAUUGUGAGGGGCAAGGGGCGGGGCCUCAUCAUCCUGCUGCAUGGACCUCCAGGCAGUGGCAAGACAAGCACCGCGGAAACGAUUGCUGCAUACACGCGGCGACCGUUGUACUCGAUCACAUGUGGAGAUCUGGGCACCGAGGCAUUCCAAGUAGAGAGGAACCUGAAGGAUCAUACCGACCGAGCGCACCGAUGGGGUUGCGUGUUACUCCUGGACGAGGCCGACGUCUUCCUUACGCGACGAGACUGGCGAGAUGUCGGACGCAAUGCACUGGUCUCUGUGUUCCUCCGACAACUGGAGUACUACUCAGGCAUCCUGUUCUUGACCACGAACCGCGUCGGCACUAUCGACGAGGCCUUCAAGUCUCGGGUUCACGUAUCUCUUCGCUACCCUCGCAUCGAGCUCAAGGAAACGCUCCAAAUCUGGGACAACACACUGAAGCGCAUCACGCGCGACAACAAGAUAUCGCAGAUCCAAAUCAAGUUCGACAAAGACGCCCUCCUCGCCUUUGCCAAAAAGCACUACAAGGAGCACGAAAAAACGGAGAGCACCUGGAACGGCCGACAGAUCCGGAAUGCCUUCCAGACCGCCAUUGCCCUGGGUCCCUACGACCGCGACCGACAACUCAAAACUGCCGGACUGACGGCCGAAGAGGCCGCAAAGACUGGGCUGAAGAAAUGGAUGACAGUCAAGCUGACUAUCGCCAACUUCCGCAAUAUUGCGAAGACGGCGCGGGAGUUCGAGGACUACCUGUUCAGCGUGCGAGGGCAGGACAGCUACCUAGCAAAGGAGAACCAAUGGCGGGAUGAUGAGCACGAUCCGGAGGGCGGGGGAAGGGUGAGCAAGAAUUAUGAGAGGGCACCGAAAGCGAACAGGUCGCCGUCAGGAUACUUGACGCCGGGUUCGGGCUCGGGCUUGGCGAGGAGGACGGGGUCGGGUGCUUCUUCAUCCAAGAAGACGGCUAGAAGGUCGGCACAGGAAGAAGAAGAAGAAGAAGAGGAGGAGGAGGAGAAGGAAGAUGCGGAUGAGGAGGAUAUUUUCGAGGAGAAUCUCUCGGAUGAGUAG